UCAUUCAAAUGUGAAAGUAAAAUUGUGGUUAGGUUCCUUUUUCAAUAUUUUUUAAAAUAAUUAAUAGAUAUGGAAAAUAAGGACAAGGAAAAGAAGAAAGUUGACCCUGGCUGGAAUGAUCCACCAAUGUUGAACUAUAGCCCAUCAAAUCCACCACCUAAAAGUCGAAUAACAAAUAAGAGGGUUCCAUUUCCUCUCACUACAUGCAGUCCCGGUACUAGUUCUUCAAACACUUUGCCUCUCGGUUCAACACCUCCUAAAGCUUUCAUCGUGUCACCUCCAAUGCCAAUACCACAAAACCAAGAAGUUUCGGAGGAGCUAUUUAAAAAUGCUAAAGACAAUUUUGGAAAGUUUAUUUUGACUCAAAAGAGUCAGAAAACUAAAGAGUGUAUACAUUUGCUCUAUAAGUUGUGGGAAGAGGGAAAGUUUUCAAAUGAUUGCCAGAAAAAUAUAUAUUUAAUGUCUCAGUAUUUAGCUGAAAAUGAUGAUGCUAGUGCUAAAAUUAUAAAGGACCGACUUUUAACUGAAUUUAAAGACUCAUGUGAAGACUGGCUAGUUAAUUUUGUGAUAUAAAAGUUUUAUAUUUUUAUACAUGUACUGCAUAAAAUUAGUUAUAGAGUAAGUAAAUAUUUAGUUUAUUUUUGUUAUGUAUCGUUACAAUUUCUAGUAUUUAUUAAAAAAAUUUGUUGUAUCUAUGUAGUGCUAGCACUUCGUUAGUUUUUUUUGUUUUUGGUGUAAAUUUUUAUAAUUCCCUAAUGACAAAAAAUUCACUGUCCGACAAUUUGAGUUUGAUACUUCCUAAAAAUGUGUGUAAUCAUUACUAUAUAGAAAUGUGGAUCCUAGAAUAAAUAAAAAAAUAUGUUCAGGUAAUGCUUUAAUGUGCGAUACAAUUUGUUUUUUCUUACAUGUAUAAAUUGGUUUUGUGCCCUUUGUUCUAAUAAUUAUUUAAUAAAAAAGCUAUUAGCCUAAGGAUGCUUGUAAUUAAUUUUUCUAAUCCUACAGUUAACGGUUGUUACACUAUUGCAUGCAAAUACAUAACAAAAGUUGUGUCAAAAACUGCAAUUAUUUUUAUCUCCAAUGUACAGGCUGUAUAAUUACAUGUACAGGUUGAUAUUAACAGCAUGAAUUUCAAUUAAAUUCCUUAAAAAAAAAUACAUCUUAAAAAUUUAUCUUGACGGAAUUAAAAAAAAAUGUUAACGAUUUAAUAUUCCAUAUAAACAUUUAUUCUAAGGCAAUGACGAAUAAUUCCUCUUAAUAUUAAUGUUUCGCAAUUACUUUUCAGUAUUCUGGUAUCAUUUUUCUAUAAAAUUUUAAAAGAUUUUCUUAAACUUAUCCAAUUCAAAUAUACAUUUAGAGUAUAGCAAAAAAUUAUUGCAAGAUUAUGAUUUUAUUUUAAUACAAACUUUACACAAGAUGUCUAAAAACACUGAUAAAAAUGGUUAAUUAAUUAAAAGAUCUUUUUUCUAACUGGCCAACUAAAAAUAAAGUACGUCGUAUUUAUCUUGAACACCUAGCCUUUCAAACAUCCUGUGUUUCAAAAAUAAGAUGUGGAUAUGAUAUGUAGUGACAAACAUUUACGAUAAAUAAGUUAAAUAUAAAAUAAAAUAAAAUUAUAUAUUUAUUAACAAUGUCAAUAAUAUCACAUAGUAUUUAGAAUUUCAUUCUCUUAGAAAGGUGCACUUGUGUAAACAAAUGUUUAUAUUAUAAUAUUGUGCACUUUGGCGUGCUAUUCUCUACACAAUUACAAAGCAUAAGAAAGUUAGCUUUACUUAUUUUCUAGUGUUGUCAGAAAUUUUGAAAAAUAUAUAAAAUUUGUGAUAAUUUUGUUUCUAUUUUAGUGUUUCUUACUGUCGAUGGAGAACCUGAUAAUUGACCUGAUAUUUAAGAUUAUUAAAUUGUUUUAACAAAUGAACAUACUGAGAAAGAUGAAAACAUUUUUGUACAGAUCAAAUAAAUCUGAUAGAUCCGCUUUUUAAAA